UUUUUUUUUUAAAUAAAUAUAAUACAUCUAUCUACAUAUACAAAUACAAUUGGCAGAAAAAUGUUGCCUACAGAUGCAUCAAAUAAUAAAACAAAGACGAAUACACUAGAUUUACAAAAGGAAUUACCAACUAUCCCAAUGGAGGCUGAAACAAAUGUACCUGAGCAAACUAGUACAGAUACUUUAAAAGAAUUAGAUAAUUUGUUACAAAGUUCGACAAAUGAGUUACAAAAAAGUGUAAGCACUGAUAACGAAGAAGAUUUUUUAGAAGAAAGUGAAAUCGACUUUAAUCAAAUCACAUUCGACGAAAUGGAUGAUCAGUUGUUAGCAUUUCAAGAAGAUGAUAUUGUAAGUCAAGCUUUAGCGAAUGAAAUGGAUUUACGUGAAUAUGCCAAACAAAUUGCAGAAGAAAAAAUAUCAGUUCAAAGGGAUCUAGAAAAUAAUUAUAUAGAGAAUAUACAACAUUUUGUUGAUUUGCAUACAGAAAUACAGUCUUGUGACGAAAUCUUAGGCCAUAUGGAAGAAUUGUUAAAUGUGUUUCAAAGCGAUUUGGGAAAUAUCAGUGGAGAAAUUCAGAACUUACAGGAGCAGUCUACUUUAAUGAGUAUUAAAUUAAAAAAUAGAAAGGCUAUUGAAAAUAAAUUAGGAAAAGCUUUACAAGGCAUGGUGAUUCCCCCAAAUGUCAUAAAGAAAAUGACAGAAGGCGAAAUAGAUGAAGUAUGGCUCAAUUAUUUGUUAACCAUUAACAAGCAGAUGCGAUUUGUAAAAGCAAACCAACACCGACCUAUUAAAGCAUUACGAAAUGUGGGGCCGGAAUUAGAGAAGUUGCGUUUAAAGGCAGCGUCAGCAAUUCGUGAUUUUUUCAUCUCAAGAAUUCAACUCCUAGGUGUUCCGAAUGCCAAUAUUCAGAUUAUGCAACAGUCAGUGUUCUUAAAGUAUAAAGAAUUACACUUUUUCCUUUUGGAAAGACAUCAUGAUGCAGCUAGGGAAGUUAGACAAUCUUAUAUGAAUUCGCUGAGAUGGUACUUUCAGAAUCAUUUUGAACGAUAUAGUCGAGGAUUACAGAAAUUACAGAUUGUAUCUGCAGAUAAAUCAGAUUUAAUCGGUGUUGAAGAAAAUAAUCGUAAAGGGGGGUUAUUUGGAUCAAGUAAAUUAGCACUUAAAGAAAAAGCAAAUAUAUUCGCUUUGGGUAACAGAAGCGAUACAUUGAGAAUGCAAGACCCUGGUGUCAUCUUAGUUCAUGUUGCAGAAGCAAAAGAUCAAAAAUACCAAUUCGAACAACUUUUUAGAAGCUUCAAUUUAACAUUAAUCGAUAAUGCAAGUUCUGAAUAUCUAUUCGUUUAUGAAUUUUUUUCAAGGGAAAUUAAAACUGCUGCUGAUACCGCUAAAGUUAUCUUUCAAUUCAUUUUUGAACCCACUGAAAAAGUGGGUCUAAAUUUUACAAAAGCCUAUGUUGAAAAUUCAUUUGACGCUGUUGGAUUAUUGCUAUGUAUUCGAAUUAAUACUCAAUUAGCACUUGAGCUUCAAAGAAGAAAAGUACCCGCAUUAGAAGGAUACACGAAUGCAACAAAUAUGUUAUUGUGGCCUCGUUUUCAAUUUGUUAUGUCACUUCAUGUAGAAAGUUUAAAGAAAAUGUUUAAUAGUAGAUCAGUCAUGAAUGCUGUUAAAGAUAUUCAUCCACACUAUAUCACUAGAAGAUAUGCUGAAUUUGCAGCAUCGUUACUGGUGUUAAAUGAUGGAUAUGAUGAUGCUAUUCUAUCAAAAAGUGUACAUAAAUUACGAGAUGAGUUUGAAGCAGUUCUAUCGCGUAUGUCUCAUGAAUUUACAGAAUCUCUAAGACGUAUUGCUUUUCUUAUCAACAAUUAUGAUUUAAUUGUCAAUGUUUUCCAAGAAACGCACAGUCGAUCAGUAGAAUCAGAAUUGGAUUACGUAAAGCAAUUAUUAGCUCUACAGACAAGUGUUUUUGUAGAUGAGCAACUCAAACCUUAUUUCGGAUCAUUGGUUGAAUUGGUGAAGAAAUCAGAACAGUUAAAAGAUCUUCGAGUAAUUGAAAUAGUUGAUCUUGAAAGAAUUUCAGCACAUUUUGCUCAAACUUGGAGACAAUCACUCAAGUUGAUUAAUGCCUCAGUGAUACAGUAUUUCUCAAAUUUUAGGAAUGGUACAACAGUGCUUCAUGCCGUUUUAGGACAGUUGAUAGUUUAUUAUACGAAAUUCCUAGAUAUCUUGGAGAAACGUGGAGAUGGUGCCUCUCGAAUUCAAUUUGUAGGGGUCCAAACAGUUAUGGUAGAGAUUAAGAAAUUUAGAAGCACGUUUUAAUAAAUUCAAAAUUUCCAGAUGUAUAUUUGUAUAUUUAAUAAAUUAUAAUAUUUAUUAUUAUAAACA